ACGUAUUCUAUGAGGAUGUAUGAUACAUGAGAUGUAUACAUAUUUUCUGUACUUUAGCAAAGCUUUAGAAAAGUAAUUUUAAUAUAACAACGAUGUUGGCACGUCAAUUUCUGUGCAGAAAAUUACUAUGGCAUUCCUCGUGCAGCUGCGUAUCCGUUCGAUAUACGCAAAGCGUAAGUCAACAUGCACUAGAUACGAUAAACUUCGAAAUGCGAUUGCCGACUCCUAUAACGAGACAACGACAACGGCAACCAUUCGCUAAAAAUUUAUUUCUCGGCGUAUUUGACCACGAAUUAAUGUAUUAUCCCGAGCCGCAAACCAAGGAAAGGCAUACACAAUUUUUCGAGUGGCUUCAACCCAUCGAAAAGUAUUUGUCGCAGAAUCUGGAAAAUCCGCAAAGUGUCGAGAAGGAUGAUAUUCUAUCUCACCUGAAAGAUCUUGGAGUCUUUCGGGCGCACGUGGAUGAACAGUACCUCGGUUUGAACUUGAAUCAGACAGAAUUGGCCAAAUUAGUAGAAGUACUCAGCUGUUUCCCCUGGUUGGGUUCCUACAUAGUCAAAAAUCACAUCAUGCCUGUUCAUAUCAUCUCUACAAUGGCUUCGGAAGAACAGAAAGCAAAGUACUUGCCGAAAAUAGCGACCGGUGAAAUCGUUCCCACGAUCUGCUAUACCGAAUCCGAUAGUGGAAUAAAUUUCAAUAACAUCAAGUCUAUGACAAUAUUGUCAGAUUGUGACACGUUUUAUACAUUGAAUGGUGAAAAGUUGUUUGUAGCCAAUGGACACGACUCGAAUCUAUUUCUUGUAUUCUCUCGAUCUGGCCAUUCUCAAGCAAUCAGCAGUGGGCAAAGUACCUUGUCAGUGUUUCUGGUAGACUCCGAUAUGAAUGGUAUUACCUAUAAGGAUAUCAAGAAUCUAGUGGGACUUCAUAAUAGUUCUACCUGUACAGUUGCUUUUAAAGAUACCAUAAUUCCAAAGGAUCAUGUAUUAGGUGAAAUAACAUCUGGAAUGAGUAUAUUGAUAGAUUCGCUCGCGCCUGGAAACAGAAAUCUUGCUCCGCAAACAAUUGGUAUAUUAAAAACUUUUAUAAGAUUAUUAACGAGGCAUGUACUGGAGAGGAAACAUCUGGAUGAAAAUAUGCAUGAGUAUGAAAGUGUUCAAGAAGUAAUAGGUAAAAUAUCGACUGCUUUAUAUAGCAUGGAAAGUAUACUGUACUUUACUACUGGCAUCAUGGACAUGUAUGAGAAUCAGGAUUGUACCCUCGAAAAAGCUAUGGUAGAAAUGUAUUGCGUAAAUGAAUGUAUAACACGUAUUUAUGAAGGGCUACAAAUCAUUGGAGCACGAAGUUACUUGACAGAGAAGCCUUAUAUACAAAUCUUAGAAGAUGCAUUAUCUUAUACAUUGUUUGACUCCUACAAUAUUGAUUCUAACAUGUACAUAUCUUUACUUGGUCUACAACAUAUGGGCAAAAAUUUGCACCAACAUAUAAUGAAAUUACGAAAUCCACUAGAGUUUCCUCAACAUGUAUUAAAUUGGGUCUUUGGUAAAGAAUAUCAAUUAAAGCUACACAUUGCUGAACAUCUGCAUCUGUCCUUGAGAAACGGUGGUGAAUUACUGGAGAAAUGUAUCACCAGGUUAAAUACUGUCGGAAUAUUAAUGCUACAACGUCACGGUAGUGAAAUAUCGAAUCGACAAAUGGAAUUACAUAGAAUAAGCGAAUUAGCAACGAAAACAUUCGCAUUACUAACUGUUCUCUCGCGAACUUCUAGAGCCUAUUGCAUCGGCUUGAGAAAUGCCGAUUUAGAUCGACAAUUGGCCAACAUUUUUGCGAUUCUUGUAGACAAUAGAAUCAAAACUCUCACGGAUGAAAUCACAUCAGGGGAGUGGGUUAAUGGUGACAAAUUGUACAAAAAUAUUGCCGAACUUAUAUACAGUAACAAAGAUUAUUUUGCCGAACAUCCGUUAAGCAGAAGUUAUUAAACAUUCAUUUUAUAUUAGAUUUGAUUCCUUUUAGAAUACAAAUAUGCACAUGUGUAUGUAUAAUAAAAAGAAAAAUAAACAGUUAUCCCGGAAAUGUUUAUUAAAUGUAUGUGUUGAGCAAUGUGUUUAAAUUUCAUAACCACAUUGGUUAAGCAUCUGCAGAAUCCAUAAGAUAACAUAGAUAUAUCUGUAAAUUAAUU